GCGGCGCUGUCAGCCUGGCCGCCCGCGGAAUGCAGAGACCUGAGGCCUGGCCACGUCCGCACCCCGGGGAGGGGGCCAUGGGAACCCAGGCUGGGGUCCCGACGUCGUCCGCCCGAGCCAGUGAUCCGUCCGGGCUGCGGGUCCCACGGAACUCCUGGCGGGACAGGUCCGCUGGCGCUGGGGCCCAGCCAAGCUCUCCUCCCCGUCAGUUGCAGGAACCCUCCCUCUACACCGUCAAGGCUGUGUUCAUCUUAGAUAAUGACGGACGCCGGCUGCUGGCCAAGUAUUACGAUGACGCGUUCUCCUCCUCCAAGGAGCAGAUGAUCUUUGAGAAAAACGUCUUCAGCAAGACCAGCCAGACUGAGAGUGAGAUCGCCUUUUGGGCAGGCAUGACCAUCGUCUACAAGAGCAGUGUGGACCUCUUCCUGUAUGUGGUGGGCUCCUCUCAGGAGAAUGAGCUCCUGCUCCUGUCUGUCCUCACCUGCCUGUUUGAGUCCCUGAGCCACAUCCUGAGGAGGAAUGUGGAGAAGCGCUGGCUGCUGGAGAACCUGGACGGGGCCUUCCUGGUGCUGGAUGAGAUUGUGGACGGCGGCGUGAUCCUGGAGAGUGACCCCCAGCAAGUGGUGCAGAAAGUGAACUUCAGGGCAGAUGACAGCAGUCUGGCAGAACAGAGCGUGGCCCAGGUUCUGCAGUCCGCCAAGGAACAAAUUAAAUGGUCGCUACUGAAGUGAAGGCAAUCCUGACCCGAUUCCAAAAGCCCCAAGGGCUCUGUGCGUUGUCCUUCCCAGCGCCCUGGCCCGCCCCGGGGACCCUGCGGGCCAGAUGAGCUGCCCUUCCUAGCGUCCAAUAAACCUGCUUUGUCUCCUG